AUGGGCGCCGGCGCUCCUGAAGCGAAGCAGCAAGGCCAGGGCAAGAAGCAGCAAGUGUGUCGCUUCUUCAAUACCAAGAAUGGUGAAGAAUGCCGCUUCUUGCAUCCGUCAGAGUUUAAGGGCACCGCCGAGACAACAUCCACCGCGCCUGAGCCCACUGGGAAGGUCGCCAGCAACGUCCAUAAUGUACAGCCCGCCUUGCAGGCUGACUCACAGUCAAGAAUUCCGAGUACUGUUCCUGUGAGGCGGUCUAAUGUCGUCCUAAGACCUACCCCCCAGGCUCAACAAGAAGAUCCGCGUGCCUUCCAGAUUGGGCAGGUCCGAAGGCGAUUCCGACCAAGUUCCUCUGAAAAGAAUGAUAGCAGCAUUCUAGAACUCGGCUUGAAGCCGUCGGAUCCUGACUUCCCGUACGAGAUCGAGGAGCUGCAAUGUAUCUUAACCGUGCCGAAGGCUUACCCAGAUGUCAAGGCAAGUCUCAAGAUCACGAACCAGGAUAUCCCGCGGGGGUUUCAACUCAAUAUUGAACGUGGCUUCGACAUGAUAACGUCCGCUAAUGCUAGUGCCACCCUGCUUGGUCUGAUGAAUAGACUUGAUAGGGAGCUGGAGACAAUUCUGGCCGGGAAGAUGGCAGACACUAUCAAAAUUGUGCCAAACCGAGGAGCGGUCGUAGCAGACAGGCUACCACCAGUACCAGCUGUUCCUGCUGUAGUGGCUCCAGCUCCUGUCGUAAAGUCUCCUCCCAGCUUCACUGAUAAGGAGCGUGCUGCAGCCAAGUCAAAUCGCGGUGCACAUACUCGCCAACUUGCAGCACGCUUCGGUCGACUGCAAGCUUUCUCUGCAUCCUCGGAUGGUCGUACAUACACUCUGCCAUUAGACUCGCCUCGAAGAACGAAGUGGCCGUCGUCUCUGCAGAUUCUGCGAUCGUUCAGGCUGCUUGUGCCAGAAGCAUAUCCUCUCGAGCCAGCCACGAUCAAGCUUGAUAGUGAUGCACAAGAGGCGAGGAAUGUGGAGGAGGCCUUCGAACAACUGCCGCAGUCAAUGAGGGAGCGAACGCUGACACAACUUGCCAACCAUGUGGCUCAGCAUAUCGCAGACAUGGCUGUAAAGGAGGCCAAACCUGCCAGCCACGUCACUCCGCCAAGUGCUCCUCCAGCGUCUGUCGAAGCCACACCGGCAGUAUCGGUCUCAUCAGAGCCAACAACUACUUUAAACCACGCUAUAUUAUCCCGCUCAGCAGACAAGCCGCACCUUCACGUAAUACCACGACCACCGGAAUGGUCGCAGGUACACAACGAUGGCGAAGACAGUGCCGAAAGUGCUGACGACACCUACUCGGAGGCCUCUGAUAGCGAGGAUGAUGACCAAGAUGAGAAUCAAGCAGACGAAAGCAAGGCACUCGACACACCCUCUACCACCCAAGAACGUGGCGUCUUACUGUCCUUCCCUCACAUCGAGCUCCAUGGUAUCGAAUUGCUAGAGCUGACGUCGCUGAAUAUCAGCGUCAAGUGCGAACGCUGCAAAGACAUCACCGAUGUUCAGAAGCUGCGAAACUAUUCUGGUAAAGCCACUGAGAUGCAGCAGGUCACUUGCAAGAAGUGCGCCAAUGUGCUCGCCGUCGGCUUCAGAAUGGAGCUCAUGCACGUCAACGCUGCUAGAGCUGGCUAUCUUGAUCUGGAAGGCUGCACUGUAGUUGAUAUGUUGCCAAGGUAA